UCUCUCUCUCUCUCUCCUCUCUCUCUCCACUCCCCCUCUUUCAUCCCUACUCAGCUCCUCUCCCCCCUCGCGCCCACUGCGUUUGGUGUUGAUUCGAAGGGGAAGAGGGGGGUGGGUGGGAUUGGAGGGGGAGACCAUGACCUCCAGCUACGGGCACGUUCUGGAGCGACAACCGGCGCUGGGCGGCCGCUUGGACAGCCCCGGCCACCUCGACAGUCUGCAGGCGAAAAAGAACUUCUCCGUCAGUCACCUGCUCGACCUGGAGGAAGCCGGGGACAUGGUGGCGGCACAGGCGGACGAAAGCGUGGGCGAAGCGGGCCGGAGCCUGCUGGAAUCGCCGGGACUCACCAGCGGCAGCGACACACCACAGCAGGACAAUGAUCAGCUGAACUCAGAGGAAAAGAAAAAGAGAAAGCAGCGCAGGAACAGGACAACUUUCAACAGCAGCCAGCUGCAGGCUUUGGAGCGUGUCUUUGAGCGGACACACUACCCCGAUGCUUUUGUGCGAGAGGAUCUUGCGCGCCGGGUGAACCUGACAGAGGCCAGAGUGCAGGUGUGGUUUCAGAACCGAAGAGCCAAGUUCCGCAGGAAUGAGAGAGCCAUGCUGGCCAAUAAAAAUGCUUCCCUCCUUAAAUCCUACUCAGGAGACGUGACUGCUGUCGAGCAGCCCAUUGUACCUCGUCCUGCUCCAAGGCCCACCGACUAUCUCUCCUGGGGGACAGCCUCUCCUUACAGCGCCAUGGCUACUUAUUCUGCCACAUGUGCCAACAAUAGCCCUGCACAGGGCAUCAACAUGGCCAACAGCAUUGCCAACCUGAGACUGAAGGCCAAGGAAUAUAGUUUACAGAGGAACCAGGUGCCAACAGUCAACUGAGGAAUAAAAAUUAAUUAAACAGGUCUAAGAAGAAAUCAAAAACCAUAAGAGACCUAUCCUGCUCUAUCAUUUCUUCAUCUGCUGGAAAAAAAAAGUAAAAUAAAACAAAACAAAACAA